CGCGGUUCAUCGAUCAGUGUGGUGUGUCGCGUUGUUGCUCCGGUGGAUUUUUUGGUGGUUUGUUCCUGGCUGGGACGGUACGCGUAUUUUUUUCGUUUGGUUUUCUAGAGGCAACGCGGUGAUUACCCGAGGGGCUCUUGAACGGGCCCAGGAAUAAACAUAGGAAAGAUGCAACCGAGGAUAUACUGGAUUCUGAUCAGCACGGCAGUCAUUCUCGCGGGAUGCAACGCCGCUACCGAGAAGGAUCAAAAGGAGAAGGAGAUAACGGCGGAAGAUUCGACACACAUCUCAGAGGACGAUCUUUAUCUAGAAGAUCAGCAGGAUCCUUUGGAAGGUUCUGGACGAAGUGGCAACGAAGAUCACGACGACCUUGAAGCAUCCGGAAGUGGCCUUGGUCCCGACGACGAAGACGGUGAUGACGGUUCUGACGGCGACAAUAGGAUAGAAUCGACACCCAACAAGCCACCAGAACCUAAAGCACCAUACUCUGUCGACGAGCCAAGUGUUAAAACUAAAGAACAGAACGUCGAGACUGGAAACCAACCCGACGACGAGGGCGGUAUAGAAGAGUCCGAUGACGGGGACGACCACUUGAAGCACGACGACAUUCACGGCGUUUACAUGAACCCGAAACACGAGGACCGUGCUAGCUCCUUCUUUGCUCAGCCAGGUGUAUUAGCAGCCGUGAUCGGUGGCGCAGUAGUUGGCCUGCUCUGUGCGAUCCUGGUGGUGAUGUUCAUCGUGUACAGAAUGCGCAAGAAGGACGAGGGCUCGUACGCCCUCGACGAGCCAAGAAGAUCCCCAGCAGCGCAGGCGUUCCCUAAGCCGGGCGCGCCGCAUCACAAUCGAGAGUUCUACGCUUGAGGCGACAAAGCUUAUCAGGCUUUGAUACCGCCCAGUUUUGUCCCACGAUACUACGCCGAGAAAGACGAUGUCCUUCGACCGAAUUAAGCGCCGACGCCGACGAUACGACACAUCCAGAAUCUCCCACGAGGAGUCCCGUGAAACUCCUCGUGCACUGACCGCAGGGAGACUUCUUUCAUACGGGGCAACGUCGUCCUUUGUUUUCUCUUUGAUCCAUCGAUCACACGUGUUCCCUGCCUUCGAUUCUCGUUUAAUAACCGAGCUAUUUUAAUGACAUUUUAUCGCUUUCCGAAAGUGGAGCGUUUCUUAAAUCCACAGUAUUUUCCUACUCAGGCUACUCAUCAAGAGUAGGAUAGCGGGUUAAGUAUCGUCCCAUCUCUGAGAGUACAACGUUAAUCUUUCUUUCAUUUGUAAAGCAACAUACGUUUCAUUUUGUUUAGUCUGUUCUUUAGAUUUUUUUCGGUGUUCUGCCUAUGGGUAUCGUGUGCUUUUUCGAGCAAUAGAGAAAAGAACGAUGGCUGAUGAACCACCCCUAUUGAAUACUCGUCGGCAAGAUCGGGCCAAUUCCAGAUGCAUUUACAGCGUGUGUAUUUAAAGCGUGUAUGUAUUCGUGCGUACGUAUACGCCUCUCCCCCCCUGUACAGAACUGAGAGCGCGAAAAUUCGUGGGCGAUAAACGCUGCUGGUAUAUCGUUAAUCAUUCUGCCUCGGUGGAAGGAGGGAAAGGAAGAAGGAUCGUUGCGCCACCGUGAUUUCUCUUCGACGCCAAUCCUGUGAACCGCGACCUCGUUUAUCAGCGUUUCCUCUCUGUACCCUCUUUUUUUCCUGUCUUCGUUUCCUUUUUUCUACCUAUUUAACGAUCGGUUCCAUGACUUUUAGAGGCGUUUUUAACACUUUGACCAUAGGGCACUUGACCCCCUGGCUUUUUCUCUCUUUUGUCCAGCUUGAAUUUCGUAGAAUCUCACCAUGUUUUUGCUCUUAUUUCUUGUAAUUGUAUUUUGUAAUAUUCUUCGUUCUUAGGAUGGUUGUUAUUUAUUCUGAUCGCUUAUUUGAGGAAACUAACGGUAGUAUCUUAAGGAAACUCUACAGUUAGAGAAUAUAGAAUUUGUCUUAGACAGCAAUGACUCUAUAUGGGAUGAACACUGAUUAGGUAAAAUUGUAAUUUAAGGUUCUUAAUUUUUUAAAAAUCAUUGAUAUACCUAAAAUACGAUGUAGAGUAAUUAAAUCAUUGAUUAAAUGUUGUACGAUAAGCGAUCGUAACGUUUGCAUUUCUGGUAAAGGCAAACAGUAUCGAGACUGCUACCAGUUCGCUGAAAAGUGUUGUGAAAAACAAAAUCUGAAACAUACUAAGUCGAUAAUUAGUUUUAAAUGAUUCGAAUUCACGUAUUCGGGUCCUUAUAUUUUAAAUCGUAUUGAUUGUAGCGUAAUCAUCAUCUCUGAUGUUACAUAUCUAUAUUUAAUCAAGUUAAGCCGACUCGCAGUUCAACGUUUGAGAUGUUUUCUCCUUCGUUCUUUUUUUUUCUAUUUAUGAAAAAUGAUUUAUUUGUAGAUAUUGGAGCUUGUUUUGGCUUAAAAGCUUAUACUUCCACGAUUGGAAUAUUAAUUCUAAUUUAUUUAUAAAUUAUACUUAACUGAAACUUCUAAAAACUACGAAGAAGAUUACAUGUUCAAACAUAAUCAUUCUAGUUGUAACUUCGAUUGAAAAAUUUACGUUUCAUGUAAGUUAGACACAUUUGCAUGUUUCAGUCGGUAGGUUGUCACGGUAAAGGGUUAAACCGAAGCCUCGAAGCGGAAGUGUCCUGAUCGAACGCGGUUGUAUCGAUUGCCAUGCACUUAGCGAAUUAAAAAAACUCUCAACGUGCCAUUUUAAGCACAAUAAGCGACCAACAACGUUACUUUUUUUUUUCUUUCUUUUUCACAACCGAUUGCUCGAUCCUCCGCCGAGGCUGAAGAAAUAAUUACGGUUUACCCGCGACAUCUACGAAGAAAAGAUUUAUCAAUACCACAAGAAAAACCGUGAAGCACAACGCAUUCUUAAUGUCACUCCCUUCUUCCACCGGUAAAUUAAGAAACAUCUUAUUAUAUCUUAAGGAGAAAGGCUUCUUCUGCUGGUCGAAAGAGAUUCUAUUUGCCAUGAGACAAGAAAGACAUUUAAAUUUCCCGCGUGUACGCAGGAGGAACAUUUCUCUUUCCGAUUUCUGAAAGAAACACGUGCGUACACAAGUUUAUAUACGUACAUAUUCGUCUCUGGCUGAGAGACACGCAUAUGCCAUACUAAAAGAAAAAAAGGAGAAAAGCGAAAUACAAGAGAUAAAAAAAGGAAUACGCGAAACAGUUUCACACGUGUAAUAUCUAUUUGUUCCAGAAUUUUUCAUCCGCGAUAUUUAUCUUGCGGUUGAUCAAUAUCGCGAUAUACGUUGUAAUAAUUUAUUGACUUUUCACGUAGGACCAAACGAUUCCCCUUUCUCCCUACAACCCUCUCUUUUCGGGGUUUUUCAUUUUAUUUUAUUUUUUUUAUUUUUUUUUUCUUCCCUUUCUCUGUUAUUCUUCGAACGAUCCUGUGGAUCACUCGUUACGACACCUGAAUUAUUUUGAGAUAUUUUCAACAUAAUUUCUCGUUUACCUCUUCCCAGGUAGAAUGCGGUUUCAAACAUUUUACUUGUUGUAUUUUAAAUUAAAAAUGUGACAUUUUUAUGUAAUACUUUAAACGGAACCAUCAAUUGGGAGAUGUUUAAUUGUGUCAUCGAUUGAGAGAUGGGAAUUGUUUUUAUAAGUGAAAGAUAAUACGAAAUAAAUAACUAAUCGAUAUCGUCGUAUAGUUAUUGAAAUAAUAGCGUCCGUAGGUUUGUUUUUUAAUUCAUUUCGUCUAAAAUUGUUUCAGUGCAACCCUUUCCUUUGACGCGUUGCAAGGUCGUGUAGGUUCUAGCGCUGUCUUUUAUUAUCUUUUAGACCACGAUAUUAACGAUUAACGUACCACGUUUAUCUGACGAAUAAAUGUGAAUAUUGAAAAAAAGCAGUUUCAAUUCUUCGUAAAUAAUUUUAUAUAUACGAUGUUAUACGUUUAUAAUAUCUUAUAUAUAACGUUACGUCAUUAUUAUAUCCUGUGCAAUAAUAAUAUGAAUUUUACGUACACGAAUCGUUGCAUUUAUUAUCGCCCGAAUCGACCAAAAAAUAUUCUGUUUAUUCUUCAAGAUGGACGUAGCUGGUUCUACCUGGGUUGGAGGAACAGAAACGCCAUUCAUAUGCGUUGGGGUAAACUAAAAUAUAUCAUGCGAAAACUGCCAUAUACUAAUUACAUACAUAAGAAACAUCAAUUGUGUAUGAAAACUAUCGUCAUUCCACUUUGUUCGUUCUAUAUUUUUUUUCUUUUCUUUUUCGAAACGAUAGUUUUAACGUUACUGGCAAAGCGUGUUUGGGUGUCACGAAUUCUGAAAGAUGGACAAAUUAUUAUCAAUUAACACAUUUUGAUAACGUCACCUGCAGCUUCUGAAUCAAUCUUAUCGAUUUUAGCUUCGCAGAUGUUGUAAGAAGUUUGUUUUUAAAGUGUCUAAGCAAGUAGAGACAUUAUCGAGAGAAUGAUAAUGCUCUGAAAUAAGCAUACUGAUGAAUCAACUUGAAGUUGAAAAUAAUUAAACAACUGAUCACCAUGUACAGAUUUUUUGCAGAGUAAACUCAUAAGUAGAUAUUAUCUAGCAAAUGAUCGGAGUUAUAUAAACAGUUGAAGUAUCGUAAAAUACAUCAAUUUUAUGCUUUGCCUUUAACUAAAAAAGAAAACGAGACACUUUACCCUUUAUGUUAUUCUAUCUUCAAGAAUCAAUUGUUUUUUUCUUUUUUCUUUUUUUCUUUUUAUUUACCCCUACUCUUUCAAAAGCUCCUCUCUUUGUGUGGAUAAAAGCAAAGGAGGAACCUCUGGAAAUUGAAUCGUAAUCCUUAUUGUAAUAGUAAUCGUAUACAACAUAGACAAAAGAUUGUUUGUUAGAUAGUAAUUAAUUUUCCGCGUGGCGAUGCGGACAGACGCGAGAUUUUUUUCAUUAUAGGAUAAAGAAAAUUAACUAUCGUUUCUGUUAAUUACCUCAACUGCACUUCUGUUGUUACAGCAACAAUAAAAUACAUCAGUUGCCGAGAAUAUAAGAUUACAGAACAAGGUGAAGAAAAGAAGAAAUGAUUAGUGUACGCUGCAUCUCCACGUGGCCCAUUUAAUACUCGAAAUGCGCUGUCUACGUUCUAUGCGACACAAAAUAAAUAAAUAAAUGAAAAAAAAAAAAAACAAAAACAAA